GCCCUAGGCCUUCUGGGAGAGGAAGUCCUCUGCGCAGGCGCUGUGAGACCGCGGAGCUUUCUGGGUAAAGAUGGAUGCUCACGAUCUGUUUCGCCGGCUCGGCGUGGGGGCCAAAUUCGACUUGAGACGCUUUUCAGCGGACGCAGCUCGAUUCCAGAUAGGAAAAAGGAAAUAUGACUUUGAUUCCUCGGAGGUGCUACAGGGAUUGGACUUUUUUGGAAACAAAAAGCCUGUCCCAGGUGAUCGUGGGGCAUUAAGAACUCAUCAGGAGCUACAAGAUGAAGAGAAAAAAGAAGAAAGCCAAAUUGAAAGGAAGAAGGAGCAGAACAGGAAAAAGAAGAAGAAGAAGAUGACUUCAGAAAUUACUUCUGAAGAAGAAUUUUCUACUAUACAGUGGGUAUCAUCUGUGGAAGCAAAGAUUGAAGAUAAAAAUGUUAAAAGAGAAAAUAAACUAACUUCAGGAAAGUUAGAGCAGCUAAGAAAAGAAAAGCUAAACUUCUUCCGGAAUAAACAUAAAAUUCAUGUCCAAGGAACUGAUCUUCCUGACCCAAUUGCUACGUUUCAGCAACUUGACCAGGAAUAUAAAAUCAAUUCUCGACUGCUUCAGAACAUUGUAGAUGCAGGCUUCCAGACACCUACACCAAUCCAAAUGCAAGCCAUUCCAGUUAUGCUGCAUGGUCGAGAACUGCUGGCUUCUGCUCCUACUGGAUCUGGAAAGACUUUGGCUUUUAGCAUUCCUAUUUUAAUGCACCUGAAACAACCCACAAAUAAAGGCUUCAGAGCCUUGAUUAUAUCACCUACACGAGAACUUGCCAGCCAGAUUCACCGAGAGUUAGUAAAACUGUCUGAGGGAACAGGAUUCAGGAUACACAUGAUCCACAAAGCAGCAGUUGCAGCCAAGAAAUUUGGACCUAAAUCAUCUAAGAAAUUUGAUAUCCUUGUGACUACUCCAAAUCGACUAAUCUAUUUAUUAAAACAAGAUCCUCCAGGAAUAGACCUAACGAGUGUUGAAUGGCUGGUAGUAGAUGAAUCAGAUAAACUGUUUGAAGAUGGCAAAACUGGGUUCAGAGACCAGCUGGCUUCCAUUUUCUUGGCCUGUACAUCCCACAAGGUGAAGAGAGCUAUGUUCAGUGCAACUUUUGCCUAUGAUGUUGAACAGUGGUGCAAACUGAACUUGGACAAUGUCAUUACUGUAUCCAUUGGAGCAAGGAAUUCUGCAGUAGAGACGGUAGAACAAGAGCUUCUCUUUGUUGGUUCGGAGACUGGAAAACUACUGGCCAUGAGAGAACUUGUUAAAAAGGGUUUCAAUCCACCUGUUCUUGUUUUUGUUCAGUCCAUUGAAAGGGCUAAAGAACUUUUUCAUGAGCUCAUAUAUGAAGGUAUUAACGUGGAUGUUAUUCAUGCAGACAGAACACAGCAACAGAGAGAUAACACAGUCCACAGCUUCAGAGCAGGAAAAAUCUGGGUUCUUAUUUGUACAGCCUUGCUAGCCAGAGGGAUCGAUUUUAAAGGUGUGAACUUGGUUAUCAACUAUGACUUUCCAACCAGCUCAGUGGAAUAUAUUCACAGGAUAGGUCGAACUGGAAGAGCUGGGCAUAAAGGAAAAGCUAUUACAUUUUUCACUGAAGAUGAUAAACCAUUAUUAAGAAGUGUUGCCAAUGUUAUCCAGCAGGCUGGAUGUCCUGUCCCAGAAUACAUAAAAGGUUUCCAGAAACUACUAAGUAAACAAAAGAAAAAGAUGAUUAAGAAGCCCUUGGAAAGGGAGAGCAUUAGUACAACUCCAAAAUAUUUUUUAGAAAAAGCAAAGGAUAAACGGAAAAAGGUCACUGGUCAGAACAAGGAGAAAGUAGCUCCUGAGGACAAAAGUUAAAAACAGACUUUUAAAAGAACUAUAUCACAAAUGUGAUUUUAUAAUUCCAGCAUGAAUGUUUUUUUCAUGGAAUAUAUCGUCUUAUAAUCACCUGUACCAAACAUUUCAAGUCAACCACAAGAACAUGGGACUGGUGAAAAAUGAUCCUAAAUUCUCAGUGUAUCAUGUCAAGUUCUAAUUCGUAGGUGAUUUUUAAAUGAUUAUACAGUGGAAAAAACAUUCAUUGACAUCCGUGUGGUUUGAAUCCAGAGUGAUACUUCUUAUAGAAGAACUAAAGCUUAUACUAAAAGUAACAACACCCAAAUGUGGUGAGCUGGAUUUUUCCCUUCAAGUGUGAAGGCAGGUGUUGUAUAUGCUGUGGAGAGGCAUUUGGAACCACAUUGCAAAGUAAAGUCUUGAGAACCCACUUUUUUUGGGGGUGUGGUGGAAGGGAAAUGGACAAGAGGCAACACAAGCUGUCUACCAAGAAUAAAUCUACUCAUCUCUCUA